GGCUGAGCCACGGCCGCCCGUCCCCACCGGCUGGGGUGCGAGGCUAGGACGGGGCUCGCCCGGUGCCCCCACGCUGUCUGGAGACCCCCAGCCCCCUCCUGCCGCUGGACAGCGCCGGCCCCCGACGUGCUGGUUAAUUGGAGGAGAAAGCGCCCGAUUGUCUGAGGGGCCUGAGGAGCGGGCGUGGGCGCGGGCAGAGCCGGGAAGGUGGCACCCUCGCCGGGCAGCUGCCACCGGACGCAGCCGCGGGGAUUACGUCAGCCGGGGCAGGGCGGGCUGGGGCCCUGCUCGGACAAUGCGGCUAUUGUGGGCCCGGGGAGGGCUGUAGGCGGGCGGAGGGGUGCGCGGGGGGCCGAGGGCGCCGUCCCCGCUCUGUCCCCUCGUGCUGGGAGGCCCCGCUCGGGCCCAGGGUGAGCCUGGGAACCCGCGGGAGAACCGGCCCGUCGUCCUCGAGAGGGGCGCGGGGGCGCAGGUCCCGCCCCGGAAGCCGCACUCAGGUGGGCCCGGGCUCUGCGGCCUCGGCAUGAGCUCCUGGUUUGGGGGGCCCGUGGGCCCCGACCCCCUCAUGGUGCUGCUGGUGGCCAUCCUGCUCGCCCGCUUCCUGCUCUGGUUCUGUCUCGGCACCUUCAUCGACUACAGGCUGGCCCAGAGGUUCCCCCACAAGCCCAAGGAGGACUAGUGGCCCCCGGCCCGGCCCGUGCUGGCCCGUGCUGGCCCGUGCUGGCCCGUGCCUGGCCCAUGCUGGCCGGCACCAGUGACCCAAACUGUCCCGCCGGAAGCUUCCUUCGCUCUUGAGUCUCAGUAGCGGGGUUUUUGGGAGCCUGCGGGGUGAGCUGAGGGGCCCCUGGGGCUGAGACCCCAGAGCCCAGUCUCAGCCCCCAGGGGCCACAGUGACCACUGGCUCACUGGCCUCCGCAGGACAUGCCCCGCCCCCCACCAGGGGCUCAGACGUACGAGACCCUGAGUCACAGCCCAGGUCACUCGGCCACGAGCAAACUGUCCCUCUCAGCUGGACCCGAGGUGCUGGGGGCCCCCCAUGGGAGGGGCAGGGCAGGGGUGGGGUGGGCAAGCCCUGUCCGCAGGAGCCACCCGGACCUCCGGGGAGAAGCCAGGGGCCCCUACGUGCUGUCAACCGCUGGGGGCCAUGCUCUUGGCCCCAGGGCCUCGCUGCACCCCAGGACGGGGCUCCUGGGGAGGGUUGUCAGGUUUCAACUUCUGGGGUCCUGCGCGUGGGGGAGGGACCCCCGCCCCCCUGUCCUGAAGCUGAGGGUCCGAGAACCUUUGGUGCUGGGCAGUGCGAGUCAGACCCUCCUGGCCCGGAAGCGGGGAGCAGGCGGCCCUCCGCGGAGCUGACCAGGGGGCGCGCCCCUCUGGAGCGGCAGGAGACGGGCUGCGGAGACCCCCUCCCACUGUGCGCGACAGAGACGGCUGCAGAGACCCCCUCCCACUGUGCGCGACAGAGACGGCUGCAGAGACCCCCUCCCACUGUGCGCGACAGAGACGGCUGCAGAGACCCCCUCCCACUGUGCGCGACAGAGACGGCUGCGGAGACCCCCUCCCACUGCAAGGUCCCACUUGCUUCCUGAACCAGCGCAGCUUUUAUUGCUCACAACGGACACAUCCAGCUGAGCCCUGGCCCCCCGAGGACAGGCACUGGGCACUGGGCACUGGGCACAGAGGCUGGCCAGCCCAGGCCGGCCACAGUCACCUUGGGCUGCCAGCAGCGUAUGUGUAAAUAACAGGUGACUCGGACAAGCUUCUCCUCCGCCCCUUUUCUUUUUUAUCUUGCGACCACAUGGCACCGCCAGGCUAUGGUAUCUCAGCUCGCUGGUGUCGGCCGGCACACUCCCCACACCUCUGGGCGAUGCCAGCAGCAGGCUGCACUGGUCUUCAUGGUGACAAAGAGGGUGCCGUUGCACCGGGCAUCUCAGCAAGUCGCAGGUGGGAAGAGGAGAGAGACAGAGACAGAGACAGAGAGCGCUAUGGAGAGACGUGGAUCAGAGACCCUUAGUUCUACCUGUCAUGGAGCAGAAUCAAACCACAUGUAUCUCCAGAUGCAGACGAGGCUGAGAAUUGGCAUCUUACACACGGGACAUGGGAGUUCCCACAGGCCUGUGCCGCGUGGUCGGUGCCUCGGAGAUGCAGCCGAAGCGACUCUGGAGGGAAAAACCCCUCGCCUUGAAGCUUCCACUGGUGAUGGUACUCAGUACAUCCCAUCAGUAACUCUGCAGGAGGGAAGUUACUGAUCACGCAUCGCUCGCGCGGACCAACACACUUAGACUGGGUCAGGGCAGGAGGGUGGGGGAGGGCGGCAGGGACGAGGCGUCUUAUCAACACCGGGUGGCUGGGAAAGAGGCCCAGGCCCACCACCUCUUCAGCGGGCUCUUCCUUUGAGUUACUUUUCCCCCGUCAUUUUGCUUUAACCGUUUUCAAGUGUACAAUUGAGUGAUACCGUGGAGGGAGGAAAUAUUCCAAUAAUAAAAGGCUCCCCGCCAGCCAAACCAAUCAAA